CGACGGUCGAGUCAUCUCCAUCUUUAUCCAGACCCUCGACGGUUCUUGUGCUAUCUUGUCUAUCUCCACCACAAGUCUUCUCUAGAGCCCACUACUUCUUAAGUUAAUCACUAUGACCACACCUGCGCAGACUCCCAUUGGUGCGGGAAAUGCAUCUGGCUCUACGGUCGGUGUACCAAAGAAAGAUGGAGGGAGCAGUAACUUGGGGACGUUUGGCGUCAAGUCCGGUCUGGCACAGAUGCUCAAGGGUGGUGUGAUCAUGGAUGUCAUCAACGUAGAACAGGCUCGUAUCGCGGAGGAGGCUGGCGCAUGCGCCGUUAUGGCUCUCGAGCGAGUACCUGCCGACAUUCGUGCCCAGGGAGGCGUAGCACGUAUGAGUGACCCACACAUGAUCAAGCAAAUUAUGGAGGCCGUCACCAUCCCCGUCAUGGCCAAAGUUCGGAUUGGCCACUUCGUUGAGGCGCAGAUUCUCCAAAGCAUCGGCGUCGAUUACAUUGACGAAUCUGAAGUCCUCACACCCGCAGAUGACGAGCACCACAUCUCGAAACACAAUUUUAAGUUGCCCUUCGUCUGUGGAUCCAGAAACCUCGGAGAGGCUCUCCGCCGCAUCUCCGAGGGCGCGGCCAUGAUUCGCUCAAAAGGUGAAGCCGGCACUGGCAAUGUCGUUGAGGCCGUUCGCCACCAGCGUGCUAUCGCGAGCGAGAUCAGGAAGUGCAGCGUCAUGAGCGAGGAGGAGCUCUACACGUACGCAAAAGACAUCCAGGCGCCGUUCCAUCUGUUGAAGGAGACGGCGAGGCUGAAAAGGCUGCCCGUGGUCAACUUUGCGGCGGGUGGGAUUGCCACACCUGCCGAUGCCGCUUUGAUGAUGCAGUUGGGUUGUGACGGAGUGUUCGUCGGAUCUGGUAUUUUCCACUCUGGUGACCCCGCAAAGCGCGCUCGCGCAAUCGUCCAGGCUGUCACCCACCACAACAACCCCAAGAUCCUGGCGGAUAUAUCAGAAAACCUUGGAGAGGCAAUGGUCGGCCUGACUAUUUCUGACGACAUCAAGGGCGGCCGCAUGGCUCAACGCGGCUGGUAAACACCCCUGUAUAUUACCCACCGCCUCUCCAGCUAUCAACGCGGGCUCGGGCUCCUUUCGAGAUCCUCUCUGGUUUUAUAGGGCCAGACGGGUGAGGCAGUGGCAAGGGUUACACAAAACAAACUUAGCGUUGUAGUAUUUUCAAAGGAAAGGGCUACAAGGGUUAUAAUCUCAUGUACACAAACUGUAUCAUACGCACAUCACAGUCUUAUGGACAUGUACAGGAAGUCGGUCGGUUUCAACACUGCCGUGUUAUAAAUUUUAUACAUAACGUGCGAUGGAUGGGGGUCAUACUACAGGCGGACAAGUGAAUACAUAAUUAUGGGAUGGACGGCGGUCAAGAGGCGUAUUAUAUCCAAGGAACAAAAACAGAGAAGAAAAAAUACAGGCGAAUAAGUAGCAAGUCGGAAGGAGAUCCCAGAAGCAAAAAAUGAAGCAUGAGAAACACCGAAAACUUACCAUCCAGGCUCACGCCACCCUCUUCACAUACUCCUUCGACGCUUUCACACAACAUCUCUUCAAAUCCUCCGCCACCUUCUCCCUAUCCAGAAUAUGUCUCUCCUGCACCUGCUCCGUCGAAUGCUCCAAAAACGAGCCGAUAAGUACAUCAGCCGCAUUUAACAACGUCUGCUGAGACACUCCCUUGCCCAUGGGUGCACCACUCGGGUAGCUGAAAUGUUUGGGAGAGGCAUCGUGGCAGGUUUCGUGCAAGAGGAUGGAAACUGGGGUGAGGUAGGGUGUGCCGGUGGGGAUAAAGGCGGAUGGGGAGGAGGUUAUGGCGGAGACUUUAGAGCGGCCGGAGACUUGUGUGGAGAAGUAGGCGAGAUUCAUUUCGAAUAAAAAUAUGGGAACGACGGCGAAGAAGUCAAUUGUCAAGGUGACGGGAAGGAGACAAGCAGACCCGACCGCAUUGACUGUGGCACUCUUCUGCGUCUCCUUGAGAACCGCCUCGAGCUUAGCCUGAACUUCUUGUGGGGUGAUUGGCUGCCCAUUUGGGCCUGGUACGUUAUCAGGGUAGAGCACAGUCAAUUCUCCAAGUUUGCGCUUGGGGGGCACACGACCGAGGGCUUCUAUACGAGAAUUGGGUAGCCAGUGAAUUAUUUUGUCAGCUGCCCCAACGGCCUUUCCCUUGAACUUCUUCCAAUUGCCCGCAUCUGGAUCCUGACCAUUCCGGAUCUUCUCGCCCUCUGCGAUCUCCUCCUGCCACUUCCUCUCCGCCUUCUUGACCAAUCCUUCUUUCUCCAACUUCUUCCCGUCAUCGUCUACGGCCGGUUUCUGAUAUGGAGCCCUCGGAAGUGCGUAAAUGAGGUAUGGCGAUAUGGGAUCCUUGUGGGAUGAGCCCUUCGUUACUGAAGGGAAUGGAAUGGCGAAGAGGAUAGUCGGGAGAUGAGCGUCUGCGUCUAUGGAUGACGAUCGACUGUGACCACGAGUUGCAUUGUCUACCACGGCGUGAUCGCGUGGCCGGGGAGGCAUGGGUGGGGAGCUAGCGGGAGCUCGAGUGUCGUGGUAGAGGGCAUUGGCAUCGUUGGCAUCGGGAAUAGCAGGAACUGGUCGUUUUUCAUCGGCGAAAGUAUUGGCAGGAGCUCGAGUAUCGUGGUAGAGGGCAUUGGCGUCUUUAGCAUCGGGAGUAGGAGGAACUGGGC